ACGCAUACUUUACCUCAUUUUUCUGGGUAAAUGUCAGCUUUUUGCAACUGAUCAUCAUUCCACAGGUCAUUGGAGUUCGUAACCAGCAGAAUGAAUUCUGUUUAUUUCUGUGGACCGAGAAACGGCCAGGGGCCUUUUCCAUUGCAACGCGUCAACUCGUUAUUUCACGAGGCUCACCAGCAGAUGGCGCAGCAGUAUCAGCUUCAUCCAGAGGCCAGUCCGGCGUCCAUACAGACUUUCACUGUCGCCGAGCGCCUGGCAGAACUCAUCCUUGAGGCACGCUACGGGAACCAGCAAAAGCAGCGUCGCAGUCGCACCGCCUUCAGUGUGUCCCAGUUACAAGCGCUCGAAAAGGCUUUUCAGCAAACCCAGUAUCCAGAUGUGGGCAUGAGAGAGAGACUAGCAGUCUGCAUCAACCUCCCAGAAGCCCGUAUACAGGUGUGGUUCAAAAACAGACGUGCCAAAUUUAGAAAAGGUCAACGCUUCGCACCCCUUUCCAAAGAAGAAAGCCAAGUGCAUCGUCCUGCUACUAAACAACGGAAAGAAUUGGUGAAGGACCAGGAGAAAGGCUCUAAUUCAAAAUCUCAAUCCCCUUUUAAGGAAAACAACACCAUUCCUUCCUCAUCGGACUCUAUUCACCUUCAUUCCCACCCCAGACUGCACUCCUCUGCUGUUCUUCCAUUCGUUACUGGAGAACACUACCAACAACCAUUGCCUCAUGCACUUGGGCUGCUGUCUGCAGGCCUGCCUUUCUCUCCUACAUAUUUGCCUAUAAUGCAACAGCAGCACAGCACAGCCGUCAAUCUCGUGCCAUUGGGGAAAUGCAACAUGCAUCUCAUGCUUCAGUCUGCCUGUCAAUCUAAAUCUUUGGUUCACCACCACUAGGACAUGUAGCCGUACCACCAACCAAUAAAACCCACUGAGCCAAUUGUCCUCAUUAGGAUGUGAAGAGGGAACAGGUCUUCCUGUGUUCCUCCCCCCACC